AUGGCGGUGCGGCUGCUGCUGCUAGUUCUGGUUUCUUGCGCCGCUGCCGCGGCGGGCGAUGAUGGCGACGUGCUGCUGGAGGUGAAGAGCGCGUUCGCGGAGGACCCGCAGGGCGUUCUGGAGGGCUGGUCCGCGGACAGCGCCGCCGGCUCGUCGGGGUUCUGUUCCUGGGCCGGCGUGGCGUGCGACGCGGCGGGGCUCAGGGUGGCCGGCCUCAACCUGUCCGGCGCGGGCCUUGCCGGGCCGGUGCCCGCGGCGCUCGCGCGGCUCGACGCGCUCGAGGUGAUCGACCUGUCGUCCAACCGCCUCACGGGGCCCAUCCCGCCGGCGCUCGGGCGGCUCGGGAGGCUCCAGCUCCUCAUGCUCUACUCCAACCAGCUCGACGGCGCCAUCCCGCGGUCGCUCGGCAGGCUCGCCGCGCUCCAGGUGCUGCGCGUCGGCAACAACUCCGCCCUCUCGGGCCCCAUCCCCGCAUCGCUGGGCCAGCUCCGGAACCUCACCCUGCUCGGCCUCGCCUCGUGCAACCUCACCGGCGCCAUCCCGAGGGGGCUAGGGAGGCUCGCCGCGCUCACGGCGCUGAACCUGCAGGACAACUCCCUCUCCGGCCCUAUACCGUCGGACAUCGGCGCCAUGGCCAGCCUCGAGGUGCUCGCGCUCGCCGGGAACCAGCUCACCGGCUCCAUACCGCCGGAGCUCGGGAAGCUCGCCUACCUCCAGAAGUUCAACCUGGGCAACAAUUCCUUGGAGGGUCCCAUACCGCCGCAGCUCGGCGCGCUCGGCGAGCUCCUCUACCUCAACGUCAUGAACAACCGCCUCUCCGGGCACCUCAACUUCCUCGUGCUCUCCGACAACAACUUCACAGGCAGCAUCCCGGGCGACCUGUGCGGCAGCGACGAGGCAGAGUCGUCUUCCAGCCUCCAGCACCUACUGCUCUCCACCAACAACUUCACCGGGGAGAUACCGGCCGGGCUGUCGCGGUGCCGUGCGCUCACGCAGCUCGACCUCGCCAACAACAGCCUCUCCGGCGCCAUUCCUUCCUCUCUCGGUGAGCUCGGGAAUCUCACGGGGCUGCUGCUCAACAACAACACCCUCUCCGGCGACCUGCCGCCCGAGCUCUUCAACCUCACGGAGCUCACCGACCUCGCAUUGUACCACAAUCAGCUCACCGGCGGCAUCCCCGACGCCAUCGGCAACCUCAAGAACCUCGAGGUCCUCUACAUGUACGAGAACCAGUUCACCGGCGAGAUUCCGGAGACCAUUGGUGAGUGCUCGAGCUUGCAGAUGAUCGACUUCUUCGGGAACCAGCUCAACGGGACCAUACCGGCCUCCAUCGGGAAUCUGUCCGAGCUUGUCUUUCUUCACCUCCGGCAGAACGAGCUGUCGGGCCCCAUGCCGCCGGAGCUCGGCGAUUGCCAGCAGCUCCAGGUUCUCGACUUGGCCGACAACGCUCUGUCCGGUGAAAUCCCGGCGACGUACGGGAAGCUCCAAUCGCUCCAGCAGUUCAUGCUGUACAACAACUCGCUGUCCGGCGCCGUCCCGGACGGCAUGUUCGAGUGCAGGAACAUCACCAGAGGAGGCAUUCCGGCGCAGCUCGGGCGGUCGCCGUCGCUCCAGCGCGUGCGCGUAGGGAGCAACGCCCUCUCCGGGCCGAUCCCGCCGUCGCUCGGCCGCGUCGCCUCGCUGACGCUGCUGGACGUGUCGUACAACGCGCUCACCGGCGGCAUUCCAGACGCGCUGUCCCGGUGCACGCAGCUCAGCCACAUCGUCCUCAACCACAACCGCCUGUCGGGGUCCGUGCCGGCCUGGCUGGGCGAGCUGCCGCAGCUCGGCGAGCUGACACUCUCCGGCAACGAGUUCAGCGGUACAAUCCCGGUGCAGCUCACAAACUGCUCCAAGCUCCUGAAGCUCUCGCUCGACAGCAACCAGAUCAAUGGAACAGUGCCGCCUGAAAUCGGCAGGCUGGUUUCCCUCAACGUUCUGAAUCUCGCGCAGAACCAGCUCUCCGGCCCGAUUCCAGCGACCGUCGCAAGACUGAGCAACCUGUACGAACUGAAUCUGUCACAGAAUUACCUGUCAGGCCCGAUCCCGCCUGACAUCGGCAAGAUGCAGGAGUUGCAGAGCCUUCUGGAUUUGAGCAGCAACAAUCUCGUCGGCAUAAUCCCUGCAUCACUUGGCUCUCUGUCCAAGCUGGAAGACCUGAACCUUUCUCACAAUGCUCUGGUGGGAGCAGUGCCGUCGCAGCUGGCAGGGAUGAGCAGUUUGGUGGAGCUGGACCUGUCUAGCAAUCAUCUGGAAGGGAGGCUGGGGGACGAGUUCUCCCGGUGGCCGCAGGGCGCGUUCUCCGGCAAUGUCGCCCUUUGCGGCAGUCAUUUGAGAGGUUGCGGCGGCGGUGGUGGGGGUGGUCGGUCCACUCUGCACUCCGCGUCGAUAGCGCUGGUGUCCGUUGCAGUGACGCUGACCAUUGUGCUGCUGGUGAUCGUGCUGGUGCUGAUGGCGGUGCGGCGGCGUGGACGCGGCUCCGGGGAGGUGAACUGCACGGUGUUCUCGUCGAGCCUUGGCAACACCAACAGGCAGCUCAUGAUCAAGGGAUCGGCGCGUCGGGAGUUCCGGUGGGAGGCCAUCAUGGAAGCGACGGCGAACCUGAGCGACCAGUUCGCCAUCGGCUCCGGUGGGUCGGGGACGGUGUACAGGGCGGAGCUGUCCAACGGCGAGACGGUGGCCGUGAAGAGGAUCGUGCACAUGGACAGCGACGUGCUGCUGCACGACAAGAGCUUCGCGAGGGAGAUCAAGAUCCUGGGCCGCGUCCGGCACCGGCAUCUGGUCAAGCUCCUCGGGUUCAUCUGCCACGGCGCCGGCGGCGACCGUGGGGGCAGCAUGCUCAUCUACGAGUACAUGGAGAACGGGAGCCUGUACGACUGGCUGCACGGCGGCAGCGGCGACGGCAAGAAGCGGGUGCUGAGCUGGGACGCUAGGCUCAAGGUUGCGGCGGGGUUGGUACAGGGUGUUGAGUACCUCCAUCACGACUGCGUGCCGCGGGUGGUGCACCGUGACAUCAAGUCCAGCAACGUGCUCCUCGACGGCGACAUGGAGGCGCACCUCGGUGACUUCGGCCUCGCCAAGGCCAUCGCCGAGAACCGCCAAGGCGGCGGCAAGGACUGCACCGAGUCGGCCUCUUUCUUCGCCGGAUCAUAUGGGUACAUGGCUCCAGAGUGUGCUUACAGCUUGAAGGCGACGGAGAAAACUGACGUGUACAGCACUGGCAUCGUGCUCAUGGAGCUCGUCACCGGGCUCCUGCCAACCGACAAGACCUUCGGCGGAGACAUGGACAUGGUGCGGUGGGUGCAGUCCCGGGCUGAUGCUCCGUCGCCGGCCAGGGAUCAGGUGUUCGACCCUGCGCUGAAGCCGCUGGCGCCUCGCGAGGAGUCGUCGAUGGUGGAGCUCCUUGACGUUGCUCUCCGGUGCACCAGGCCGGCGCCAGGUGAGAGGCCGACGGCACGGCAGAUCUCCGAUCUGCUGCUCCACAUAUCGCUCGAUUACUAUCGAGCUGGCGAGCAGAAGCGCUAGGAUCGCAAGGUGUCCUAGGUGCUUUACCAUCUGUUUCUUGUUUCAGCUAAUUUGGGUUACCAUGUUUUCCUUGGACGGAAGAGAUAGCAAAAGUUGUGAAGUUUUAGGGUGAUCAAGUAAAG